CGGAGGCCCAAGUACUUCGGGGUACCUUUUAUUCAGAUUGUGGAUUGAAAUCUUCGGAGGCCCAAGUACUUCGGGGAGGAUGGCGCGCUCGCGCUCAUCGUCGGUAAGGCGGAAACGCAGACACUCCUCCACAUCAUCAUCAUCGAAGUCACACGAGGUGAAGAAGACCAGACGGGGUAGAUCGAGAUCUCAAAGUGAUCGACGCCACAAGUCAAGGUCACCAUCUAUACGGAAGAGGAGACGUGUUGAAUCUGAGUCCCCAAGGCGAUUUGGUAGACUGCAAUGGGAGCAGAGGAGGAAUGACUUCCCUCCUCCAGGCAACAGAGCCUGGUUCACACCAGAAUUGAAGGAAGAGAUUUUUGCACUUGGAAGGGAGUUGGAGAAAGUAAAGAAGACAGUUGAGCAGUUGAAUGCUAAGGUGGCCGAAUGCAUGAAGGUAGUGCAAUCAGGCAAAGGGGAGACAAGUGGUGGGAGACACAAGAAGAGUCAGGUAGAGGGACAUAGCAAGGAGGUAGAGAAGGAGAAAAAUCAAGUUUCUCCGUCAGAACUCAAAGCGAUGAUAGACAAAGCGCUCGAAUCAACUCUUCCACGGAGUAAAGAAGGGGAAACGAGCAAGAUGGGUAAUGCGCCACAAGGUGUUACGGCUACUGAACGACCAGCAACGGAAGAAGGAAACAUGGAGAAGUUAGUUUCAGAGAUGCGUAGGGACGUCAACGAGAUUAAACUGAUGAAGUAUGAUCUCGCAGCGGUGAAGGGAACAUUGAAGAAGAUCAACGAACCUACAAGAACCUGCACACCGCAUGUUUCAUCGACAGUCAAUCCGAACAUGUAUCACGGAUCGAUGAUGAUUGGAGCACCUACCUCAGUUCACGUGAGCAGAGGAGCGCCUACCCGAAGCGCACCAAGUCGCAGUAUCCUCGGCAGACCAGCGCUGAUGCAUCCCGAGAACGAACGCACGAAGUUGAAGAGAACGACAAGGAUUAGCAGAGCGAAGAGAAACAUCAACUUCAGAUUCGAACCGAUUAUGGACUCUCAACUACUGCGACUCCAGUACACAGAUCUGCAAGAUCUAUGCAAGAUCCAUGACAUCAAGUACAAGGACAAACCCCAAGCUAUCUCUGCACUGAGGCAAGUACCAGGACUAGUUUAGUAUGAAGGAAGGGACUUCAAUCGUGACUCUGAUCUAGAGCACUCACCAGUGGAAGUCAGGUCAGACACCAGUUAUGAAUCAUAUGAAUCGGACUCCAGUGAUGACUCAUCUUCAACUUCUUCUAGCUUGCAGAACCUCUCGGGAAGGUAGAAGGGCCUCAGCCGUCGGGAGUACUCACCAAGGAACAAAAGUGGGCGCACAUA